AUGACUGAUAAAGCACCUGUCGUGAAACCCACCAUUGUGUUCGUGCAUGGCGCCUGGCACACUGCCGACUGCUGGUCUCUCGUUACAACACAGUUGAAGAAAUACGGCUACUCAUCUCAAGCAAUCCAACUGCCUUCUGCCGGUGGAGACCUUGCAACCACGGUGCAAGACGACGCAGCCCACAUCCGGAAGACUACAUCUGAGCUAGUAGCUGCCGGUGCAAAGGGAUUGCUCAAGAAAGAUAGGGAAGCAGAACUGAAGAAGGGUGGAAUCAACUCCAUAGUCUAUGUCGCAGCAUUUCUGCUUCCACUAGAUGCUUCGUUGAAGUCAUUCUUGGGUGAUCUGGCACCUUGGAUCAUAUUUGAAGGCGAGAAAAUGACAAUCAUCAAUGCAGACCGCAUCUUCUACAAUGACUUGCCCGAGUCCGGCAUGGACACCCUCAUCUCCAGCUUGAAACAUCAGUCUAAAGCCUCCUUCUUCACGCCACUGACGUACGCCGCAUAUCAAGAUGUGCCCGUGUCGUACUUGCUCUGCGAAAAUGACAAUGCUAUUCCAUUUCAGGCCCAGCAAGCCAUGGUAGGAAUCGGAGGCCCUAAUGUUGCCUCUCAUAUCUGCGCUGCCGGGCAUAUGCCUAUGAUCCAAAUGCCUGAAAGGGUUGUCAAUGUCAUCCGUGAAGCGGCUGGKGAAGUCGUUGCUUAA